AUGGGUCAAGCUAGUUCUAGAGGGAGGCCAGAUCCAAGUCCUCCCAACAGGGACCGCGCACGCCCAACAUCAUGGGCACCGAGACUCAGCCCACCGACGCCUGCUGGCGAUGACGCCGCUCAGGAGGGGAGGCCUACGACUCCCAGACCCCAGCGGCCUGUAUCCCAGCGGCUUUACCCCUUCAACGCUCUCUCCGCUUAUCGAAGACGCUCAGAUGCUGGACCAUCUGAGACUGACGAGCCUCCCUCGGUGCCUAACCCACCAUCUCGCAUCAGUCGAGCCCGCUCCUCUCUCACCCACAUUCCUCAGAUCUUCCACCGCCGAAGGAAUCUUUCCUCGCUACAUCCCUCCUCUUUAAGCCGGCCUUUCCGCUCCUCCUCGCGCACCAACCUUCGGCCUGGCACCCCCACCACUCAAGACUCCGGUCUCUACCUGCCCAAUCUCCAGGCUCCUACGCUGGACACCGACUUGGACGAUCCCUCAGAACCACAAAGUGGAGACGUCCUAGACUCCCUCCUACCACCGCGACCGAACAGGACCAGGAGCCUCGCCUCCUCGAUCAGACCAACCUUCAGGCAUGACAGAGGGGUGCGUAGCAUAACCAGCUCAUUACGAAGGAGGCGGUCACCCCCGUCGUCGACAGAUGAGGAUCAGGCUGAUAUGCUCUCUCGCCUUCUUUCCAUCGCGGCAACGGCUACAGCUGCGUCGCUCGUGGGGGACGAUCAUCGCGCGGUGGCUGAGGCGCGCAAUGUCGCGGGCGAUGGAGAGGAUGCAACAUUCGAUAGCUUUCUUCAAGCUUUGGAAAACGGCAGAAUAGCUUCGGUUCUGAGGCAAGCUGGUAACAACGCCGAAGCAGCCGACGUCGAGGCAACUGGUGACCCCACGCCAGUGAACUUCUUCCGGAUGUUCAGGUUCGGGUCACCUAGGCCGAACCGGAGAGACACCUCCUCAAACGACCGAGACAGCGCAAUGGGCUCACCUGAAGAGGAAAGCCGGGACGAAGAAGGGGAUGACAGAAUGGUGCCAAUCAUAAUCGUUGGCAUUCGCUCGAUCAACCCCAACGCGCCUACACCGGACGACGUCAUACCCGGCUUUCUCGACGUGCUUUCAAACUUUCCGGCGCCUUUGUCGGAGCCUGGCACGAGCUCCACUGAUGGGAUACCAAGGCAACCCCAGCAGAGGUUUAGCCACCGACGCAGGGCCUCGAUGGGUGGUCUGAACAACUUCCCUUCGAAUUACGACAGUCAGCGACAUCACCGAAUGCCAGAGAGACCAAGACCGUUGUCGACCUUCAACGAUGGACCCUCGGGUUCCAUGCCCCCGCCCUCUACGCCGGCCAGCGUCGGGCUAUCACGCAUAUCGUCUGGCACGAAUACACCGACGGCCUCCACAUCCCCGCCCUCUCCUACAGUGCAAUCCGCUGUACCCUCCCGGCGUGGCAGUUUUAUCCGCCGAACUCUCGAGCCUACCGAUGAGCAUCCAGAAACACAGCCGACUGUUCCUCGUCAACGGCGAAUGAGCGAGUCCGAUUUUACAAGGUUCGGGUCUGGCGCAGCUCGCAGAAAUGGGUUCGUUGAACCGGAUUCAAGAUUCAACGGCUGGGCAUCUCGCAGGAAUGGGGUCGCCGAGCCAGACAAUAGACCUUGGGACGCGCGAGCGAGGAGUUGGAUUAUCUAUGUGCUCGGUGGCAGCUACCCCGAGAAUCAUCCCAUUCUUACGACCCCAAGCCUCUUCACCGAUUCACCGACAUAUGAAGACAUGCUUUUGCUGUCGAGCCUUCUUGGCUCUGCGAAGCCUCCUGUCGCAAGUGAGGAGGACGUUGCAGCGGCUCCUGGCCGUUUCACAAUUCGUGGGGUGGCUCCGGAUGGCGUUGUGGCGGAGGGCAUUGAAAGCAAGGAAAUAAUCAGUUUGGCUUCAGCGCGCUGCUUGGUCUGCUUGUGUGACUAUGAAGUGAACGAAGAAGCCAGAAGAUUGGUUAACUGCGGACAUUUGUUCCACAGGGUCUGCAUCGAUCAGUGGCUCACGACAGGUCGCAACUCAUGCCCCUUAUGUCGCGGCCAAGGCGUGGACGAAAAGACGGGGCGUCCUCAGUCUAUCGGGACACCUAUUCCACCAUCUAGCACACAGCAUAUUUCUUGA